AUGUCAGGUCUGAUGUUUUUGGGGUUUCAGAUUAGCGGUGUAACGAGACAACAAUUGCUGAACACUACACGAAGAAGAUGGUCCAAAGCACGAGAAACAAAGUCCGAAGGUAAAAACGUUGGGUCCGAUGUUUUCGGGUUUCAGUGUUUUCGGAGUGUUUCAUAUAAUGAAAGGAUGAUAUUUGCGGAAUUCAACCAAGAACUACAAAUAUCUAAUGACCUCCUCCUACUAAGAGGUAGAAAGGUAAAUAAUGUUAGCGAUGUGAAAACAGAUAACUGCGCACCUAGUGAGGAUAGAUACAACAGGACAGGACAUAGGGAGGACAAGUGCAUGGGAAAAUAUCAGGUCCAUCGGAUUAGCGUUGAGUUAGCGGAUAAACAUCGGAUUGAGCGGCGUGAGCCUGAGUGCUACAGCGGGUUUCAUUGGGUUACAUCAGAUUGUGUUGGAAAUGCAUCAGAAAAUGACCUCCUCCUACUUGGAGGUAGAAAGGUAGAUAAAUGGGAGGAACGAGCACGUGCUGAGAACGAAGUCUAUGCCAUUUUGAACAUUACAUCGGGAGGAGCUACUCUAGAGAAUGCUACAGUGUCAUCCAGCAUAGCAGCAGGACCAGUAGCAACCGUCUUGGCUGUCUCUAUGGUCAUAGGCACAUCUCCUACCUUCACAGGAUGUGAUGUCUGGACAUUCGAUAAAUUUAUCACUCCAGGACAUCAUACAUAUCUGGGAUCUGGGGAUCUCAUUGUUGUCCAUUGUCACGUCUUCAACAUUUUUGCAUCCCCUUUACCACUUCCCAUUUUCUCAGGAUCACUGUCCAACAUUGCAGCCUGGGGACCGGAUCAUGUGGAAUUCAAUGUCACAUUGUUGAACACUGAUGAACAUCAUUCCAACACAAUCAAAUUGCCACUUGCGAUUGUUCGUCUUUCCAUCGUUCAACGUUUACAACAAAUUCUAUGGCCGUUUCCUUGGUCCUACACUGCACCAUCUCCUGGUACUCUGGGCAUAAGAGUACGGCAAUUACCUGGAGAUGUUGACUUCAGGCUGUGGUUCUUUCUCGAGCUGCUUGGCCCACCCACCCAUCUCAGCGUGCUCCUGCCUGGUUCUGAAAGGCGUUGA